UGAGCUAAUUGUCAAACCGCUUGCAACAAUUAAAAUAAACGUUUAGUAUUUCUGAGAGAAAACCUCCGGACCCUGCGUUUGACAGAUGCUUAAAGAAUUAUUCGAUAUAUAAGUGAAUAUAGACUUAACAUUGGUCACAGAGGUCAGCGUUGCAGAUAGGAGAGACAGGUAUCCAAGACAAUUACACAUAGAUAAUAUGCAAAAACACAUAAUAGCCAUAUAUCUCCUUGUAACUAUACUGGUUAUCAACGAGGUUACUGGACACGAUGCUAUGCUGAGACCACCUUCAAAACCAGACUUCUUCCAAAAUCCGAAACAACUUAGACGAUAUUUAAAAGAAUUAAACGAUUUUUACGCAAUAGUAGGGCGACCAAGAUUUGGUAAACGUGGAUAUGAAACAGAUUAUUUCACAUCAGGUGGAGCUGACAAGGGAUACGGAAGUAUGUCUGAAGACGAUGGGUACCAAUAUUGAGGACCACUGGUUUCUGUAGCUGGUUCCAAAUACAUUGUGAUUGGUGACUCAGAACUAGAAUUGGUUUAUUAAUAAAAUAUUUUUUACAAUCUAA